AUGGAGCCCUCACCACCAGAGGGCCGAUUUAGCAGAGAUAACCUCCUCCUGCUCGAGUCGGGCAACUUCGCCGACGCCGAAAUCCUGUGCAUUGAAUCCAAAUGGAUGGUGCACAAGAUCAUCCUGUGCACGCGCUGCAAGUGGUUUUCGAAGGCCUUCGCAGACCAAUAUCAGGAGGGACAGACCAACGUCGUGAACCUCCACAACCACAAAGAGGAGGACAUCAACACGCUCCUCUACUUUAUCUAUUCGGGCGUCCUCGAUAAGAGCUGGAACCAGGAGACCAGAAUGUCCUUUACCCGAUUUGCCAAGCUCUUCGCCCUGGGAGACGCCUUCGAGCUUGAGCCGCUGUGUGACGACGCGCUCAAUCUUCUGGGUGUUUUCUGCGACGACAAGCUCCGCCAGCUUUGCUCUUACGACAUCAAGAUGUCGGGCCGCAACGGCAUCAUCGAUGAGAAGUCGGACGGCCACGAUCAGUACAUUGAGGAGCUCAUCCAGGUCAUUGAGGAGGCAUAUACCGAGGUCCGGAGCCCUACGCGCCUCCAGUCGCUGCUGUCCACUUUUGUCUGGGCUGGCCGGGAGCGGCUGCUCAAGACGAAGGAGGAUGGCUCCAACGCGUUCCUCUCCUUGUCGGAACGGUGCCCCAUGUUCGGCAACGACAUUUUCCGACUGACCAUGGGCCGCAACCUGUCAGAGUGGCUUCCGGGCGACGCGGCCACCAAGGCCGCGUUUACCACCAUCGACCACACCCACAAGACGCAGCACCCGGACCGCUGUGCAAACUGUCAGGAGUGCUUCGACGAAAACCUCUAUCUUAAGGCCAUGUACAACCCCUUUCAGGUCGUCAUCCGCCCCGCCGUAUACUGCAAGAUCUGCGUGCGUGAGAACCAGGACAAUCUCCAACCCCUAUGGCGCCAAGAACCCAAGGUUGCCCCCAAGCAGACCGACACUCCCAAGCCUCGUAGUGGCAAGAAAGUCGGCCAUCCAAAGAAGAACGCCUCUGUCGUCUCAGUCAAGGUCAAAAAAUCCCUGUCCAUGAGCCCAGCGCUCGGCCCCCUCAACGCCAUUAAGCCUAUCGGUCCCGCGUCUUCCCCUGAGGCCGAAAUCGACUUUACGUCUGACAGUCAUAUGGAGCCCGAUGACUACUCCGAGUACAGCGACUCACAGCGUACAGAGCUGAUAAGCGACUACCCAGACCGGGGUGAUAGCAGAAUAUCGGCCUCUCUUUCGUAG